GAGACCGAGCUUUUCUUUACCUUACAAUUACUGUAUACUCGGCACCUCACUUAUAUGUGUUGUUUUUUUCACAUACAUUGUUCUCGUGGUUUACGGAAAAGUAGGCCUAAAAUGUUAUAGUGUCUAAAAACAAUAUUCAGUUAAUGGAAUUACACUUUUUUCCAUUACUGCUUGCUUGAUAUUGCCCUAACAACUUUUUCAUGAAUCAAUUUUGAGCAUUAUGUUUACAACGUAGUUAUUAUAGCACGAAAUAUGAGUCUAAAAUGCCAAAUACUUGCAACUAUUAUGUUAAUCACUGAAAUCUUAGUGUACUAAUUGCUCGCUAUAAGCUAGGUUAUUGCGCCCCUAAACCAACGUACUGACAACGCUACCUCCCCGGAACUCAAACUUUAACCGGGAAGGACUUAGGACAUCCAGUGACCCAGCAAAAAGUAGCGACGGUACAGCCAGAAGUAGCAACAACUCGCAAAACGGUAUCCUUGUCUGACUGGUGGCUGGACUACAUGAAAUGGGAAGGAAGAAUAAAACGAAGAACAAUGUCUCUGAUAAACACAAUGGUUUAUCUAAAAGCCAGAAGAGGGAGCUUACGGAUAUCAUUUGUCAAUUACUUGAAAUAUGUCGGAAGCCUUCAACUGGGGGACCAAAGGAUUGGGACGAGUAUCUAGAAAUUCAUGACUGUGUAGAGAAAAUUAGGAAAUAUCAGGAAGGCCACACACUGCCAUCCUAUGAGAGAGAUGAACAUGUGGAGUCCUUCAUGGCCUGGAUUGGCAAUAAUGUCACCUCAGACUCAGUCAAGAUACGCAGGUUCGGCAAUGGAGGUGAUGGGUUGCAGGCGACCAGGGACUUACCCUGUCAAAGUUUGUUUCUAACAAUCCCAAGGAAAGUGAUGAUGACGACAGAGUCAGCACAGUUGUCUUCGCUGGGUGCGCUGAUUCCCCAAGACAACAUACUCAAAGUGAUGCCUAAUGUGGUGUUAGCUCUUCAUGUUCUCUGUGAACAAGCAAAUCCAGAUUCAUUCUGGUUACCGUAUAUCAAAAUCCUGCCAAACACAUUUUCUACGCCACUUUAUUUCUCACCAGAAGAAUUGCAGUUACUGAAGGGAUCUCAAGCAUUCUAUGAGGCCCUCUCACAGUACAAGAACAUAGCCAGACAAUAUGCAUAUUUCCAUAAACUCUUCCAGUCGAAUCCCACCGCCAAAAUGUUACCGAUCCACACCAACUUCUGCUAUGAUGACUACAGGCGGGCUGUUUCGGUUGUGAUGACACGGCAGAACCAGAUCCCGUCGUGUGAGGACCACCAGAUGAUCAACGCCCUCAUACCACUCUGGGACAUGUGUAAUCAUUCUAACGGACAGUUUACGACCGACUUCAGUCUGGAGAAAGAUUGCAGCGAGUGUUACGCUUUACAGGACUAUAAGGAAGGUGACCAGAUCUAUAUAUUCUACGGUAACCGGUCAAACAGUGAAUUCCUGAUUCACAGUGGGUUUGUUUACCCUGACAACGAACAUGAUCGCCUGCCGCUCAAGUUGGGGAUUGCAAAGUCUGAUCAGUUAUUCUUGCUCAAGUCGGCCAUACUCAAUAAGUGUGGCAUACCAGUCUCACACACGUUUGACCUUGUGACAGGUCCAAACCCCGUCAAGAAAGAACUGCUCAUAUUCCUACGGAUUCUCUGUAUGAAGGAAGAUGACCUCAAACUCUGUGAGGACAAGAAUGCCAUCGACCUGGUGGAGGACCUUGGGAGUUUGCACUCGAGUUAUUCGAAGGAGGAUGAUAUGAAGAUGUGGUCAUACUUGGAGACAAGGGCUGCUUUACUGGCCAGGUCUUACCCUACUGAUAUAGAGUGUGACCAAGCAAGGCUUGCAGGGUCAGACCUGUCAGAGUGUGGUCGUCUGGCAGUACAGCUGGUCCUCGGGGAGAAGACAAUACUGAAGAAUACCACCCGGUUUGCUGCAGAACAGAAACUCAAGUUGGCCGAGGUGAAAACGCAAGACCUGCCUGCAUGAGCAUGUUCCUUACCCUCUGAAGGAAAAGUUAUCCCAGGCAUGGAACAGCAAGGUGGUGGGGAAUGACUAGAUGGCAGCACCGAGAGCUUAGAUGAGGCUGCGGGGCUGCCAGCAACACGAGAACAAGAGGUUCAGGUGAACCUUGGUCCUGAUGAGAUGGGGAACAUGUACCCUAACAAGAACUGUAUGGAUAAGGUGAUGAUGUUUGGAAGUCAAAUCACGCUAACUGUUGGAGUCAACCAGUGCUGUCUAAUGUGACAUUACAGGACCUUGAAAAUUAUGUUUUGGCAAAAACUUGGUGGCACAUUGUUAUAAUUCCACUAAGUGUUCUGCGACGUCUGUUAGCUAGAUGGCAGCAGUGUAUGAUGGCAUGAGGUUUGGGUGGAUCUCUGUCCUCGGCUGGUUUUUACCCACGAGGAUGCAUAGCAUUGUGGGCAAAGGUAAGGUUCAUAAACACCCCUGUCUGAUUCAAUUGUCAGUGUUGAUAAUAGUAGCUCAUGUGAGGCUAUCAUGGCUACUCUGCAGGUAGAUGAAUGCUACUGCUUAGUCCAACCAAUAACUGCCUGUAAACAGAACAGAAGACCUCGAAGAUGUUAUUGAAGUCAACUUAAAGUCAUUGUUUUAUACAUCUUCUCCAUAUUGUCUUUGUAUUGAAGUCUGUUUCUUGUAUAAACAUGUUUAUUUUGAUGCUCAAUGUGCUAAAUAGGUUCACCGUUGUUUACAAAUGCUAAAUGAAGGCACUGCUAACUGGCUGAAGAAGAAUUUUUUACUCUACGAGUUUCCUUCUGGAUGUGGUAUUAUAAUCAGCAACACCUCCCGUACGUUUGGCUUACUUCAAAUGGAACCCUGUACAUAAUUGCUGAUUUAUAUUUUCUGUAAAUAGUUGAUGUUGACUGUUGUUAUGUAUUUAUUGUAUUGAACUUUCAUGACAAUCUUGUUGGCCUGUGUGAUAUGAUUGAUGUCUCCCGAAAAUAUUUCUCCUAAACUGAUGUGGACAUUCAGGUGUAAACGGAAGGGUAAAGUGAGUGUUUCAUUGGCUGCCUGUGAAUUCAAGGAUCCUCCUCAAAGGUUUGCUCAUGUUGUACAACAUUUGAUAUGGACCUGCACCGAAUUGUUUCAGUGGCUUUCUACAACCCCGGACUAUAGCAAAUGUUGGGUUGAUACUGUUUAGUCAUGUAGUCGGCUCCCUUUACUCUUGUCAAGAAUAUUCAUAUUUAUUUCUAUUCAUGUCUUGCUCAACUUGCCUGCCCAUUCUAUGGACAUAUAUUGUAGACACAUACACUGGGGCAGAACCUGUCUGGUAAUGUAGUGUGUCCACAGAUAGUGCUGCUUUUUACAGGGUGUCCCAAAAUGACCUAUUCAUUUUGUACUUAUGUCGCAGGUGUGUGAGGCUUUCUGUAGAGACAAUAAUGGAAGUCUUUUGGACACCCUGUAGAACUCGAGGUGGUUUUGACCCAGGUCACCUCUCUGUUCUAUUGAUAAUAAUGUAAGGUAUGACACAUUGGAUUAUAAAGAGGGUUAUAAACGUCAUGACAUGCCUCAUUGGUGCGAAUAGACCCACUUGUUGUUUGUCUCCUCCCAUGACUGACAGGUUGGUUGUAUGAUGUAUUUUGUCUGAAUGAAGCUUAAUUGUUUCUCUUGCUGUUUGUAAACCCAUGACCAAAGGUGUGACAUGUAUACAUAUAUUUCACAAUGAUGAGAACUAAUGACUUGAUCCAUUUGUUAAGGUUUAUUGAUACAAUGAAGGCUUCCUAUUGUGAGCAGUCUCGGCAUGUGUGAGCUUUGUAUUCAGUUCAUGCUACAGCUCUUCCUGCAUUGAUUGCAUGACUACGCUCCCUAAAUGAUAAAGCAACCCAUUUCUCUUUAUGUGUGCUGGGCAUUUCAAUGGCGGUCAUGUAUGUAUAUACUUUAUGUUAAAUGAAUUAUUGAUAAGGUGAUUAAUAAAGCUUGAUAGCCAAAAUGUGACAAUAACAAUGUCUGUUGUUUA